GUACCAGAGCCAGACGAAUGGGAUCGAACUGGUAUCCGCACUUUAUGCCAUCGUUGGGGUGAGAGAGACUCCCAAAUGCUCUCCCGCUCAUCACUGUAUUUCAUGUUCUCAUUCUUUUCUGUAUACACUCAACAUACAAUCAAAGAAAAGUGUGAAUGAGUGAUUGCUUUCUAUUUUGGAAUCAGUACCAGGUUGAUUCCAGUUGCUUCACCAUACUUUGUUGAAUUCAAAUUAGUGUAGUUAGAAUGUUCUCCCCACUUAUAAUAUCUCCUCAAUGUAGAGUUUAUACCUUAGCCUGUUCUUGGUGGCAAGGUUUCCAUCAUUUCAGUAAGAGUGGCAGGGUUAGUUUUAGAUUCAAGGUUCUUGCUUCUCAUAAAUAUGGACCAGACAGUAGAUAUAAUAGGGCUGAGAAUAGAAGAUCCAGAUCCACCCUAACUACCCAAUACAAAGGAAAAGCGAAGGAUAGUUUAUGCACCAAAACAACUUUUAGACAUGAGAUAUCAGAUCAAAUUAAUAUAUCUAAGGUAGAUGCAUAUAAAUCAGAAAUAACUGAACUUGAAACAAUUGAAUACCAUGAUAUUCGGCAAAAGAUUGUUGAAAACAAAGAAUUGGCUAAACUUGUAACUUUGAUUGUUUUUGAUAUUGAGACCACUGGGUUUAGCAGAGAAAAUGAUCGGAUUAUUGAGAUUGCAUUAAGGGACCUUGGUGGAGGUGAAAAUAGUACUUUUCAGACUCUUGUCAAUCCUGGACGUGAUGUGCUUAAUGAACAUAUCCAUGGGAUUUCAACACAAAUGGUAAGAAGAGCUGCUGUCCCCAGGAUGGAGGACCUAAUUCCCAUCUUGUUGCAAUAUGUAAGAAGCCGGCAGAAAGCUGGUGGAUAUGUAGUGUGGAUCGCUCACAAUGCUCGCACUUUCGAUGUUCCUUUUCUAAUCAGUGAACUUAGACGAUGUUCUUACUCAAUUCCUUCAAACUGGCUGUUUAUUGACACUCUCCCUCUGGCUCGUGAAGCGAUGAAGAAAUAUGGAGGAGGAUCAAAAGUAAAAUUGCAAGCCAUGGGGGAACACUACAAGAUCCCAUUAGAUGGGAGUGCACAUAGAGCGAUGUCAGACGUGAACUUGUUGACAUUGGUUUUCCAAACCCUGAGUUUUGAGCUGAAACUCACGUUAUCUGAGCUUGUUGGACAGCAUUCAGUUUGGUUCUCAGAAGUAGGCAAUUCAAAAAAGAAGAAGAACAAUUCAUCUAAAUUGUGAAUUGUAAAUUGUAUUUUGUAAUACAAUCAAGCAUUGUUGUUGUAGCGUUAUACUCCAGCAGUCACUUUUUGCCCUUCUGGGGGUACCCACUACCCACUAGCCUAGGAGUAACAUUUGUUGUAAUUACACAAUUCAAGGAUUGAAUCCUUUGACUAGAUGAUUUCGCCCUCUACAAAAUAUAUAUAAUUAUAAUUUAAUCAA